GACGGGUGGCUGCUGCUUGUUUGACAUUAGAGAUUCAUUGCAGUACAUUUUGUUCACUUACUGUUACUUGAAUACAUUAAGUACCACAAGGAUGAAAGUAAAGGAGUUGCUUAAGACUGUCAAUGUAGCAUGGUCUCCACCAUCUCAACAUCCCAUAUUAUUAGCUGCUGGAACAGCAGCUCAACAACUCGAUGCAAGUUUUAAUACAUCUGCCAGCUUGGAUCUAUAUUCAUUGAACUUGCAACAACCUGGAUAUGAUUUAGAAUUGAAAGCCAGUAUUGCAAGUGACCAUAGAUUCCAUAAGAUAAUAUGGGGUUCUUAUGGCAACAAUCCAGCUGGCAUAAUUGUUGGAGGCUGUGAUUAUGGAAUGAUAAAGAUAUAUUCGGCAGCCAAAAUGUUGACUAAUGAUAAUAAUUGUUUAAUAAGCAGUCCAGACAGACACACAGGACCGGUUAGAGCUUUAGAUUUUAAUCCAUUCCAAGCAAAUUUAUUAGCAACUGGAGCAACUGAAAGUGAAAUUUAUAUAUGGGACAUUGUUAAUACAACUACUCCAAUGACUCCUGGAUCUAGAAGUCAGCCAUUAGAAGAUGUACAACACAUUGCAUGGAAUAAGCAAGUGCAACACAUUCUUGCAUCUACAUUUUCACAGCGCUGUGUCAUAUGGGAUUUAAGAAAGAAUGAGCCCAUAAUCAAGCUAACAGAUGCAAAUUCAAAAGUAAUUUUCUGCAUACAUGUUUUAGCAUGUUCACUAUUUUAAAAUAUUUCUAUUCUUAUAUUUACAAUGUUGUAAAUAUUGAGGUUUGCAACAUCACCAUUAAAAAUGUUGCAAAAUCAUCAACGCGGAGUUUUAUCAAUUGCAUGGAAUCCACAUGAUUCAGAUCUGCUGUUAAGUUGUGCCAAAGAUAAUAGAAUAUUGUGUUGGAACCCUAACUCGGAUGCAUCAAAUGGUGAAGUGAUUUGUGAACUAGCACAAACAAAUCAAUGGAAUUUCGAUGUUUCAUGGUGCCCAAGACAUCCAGGAUUAGUUGUGGGUACUAGUUUUGAUGGGCAUGCAGCCAUUUAUUCCUUAUUGGGUGGACAACAACAGAUGCCUACUGAGACAUCUAACAAAAUUGUGGAUUCCUUUCCUGGAAUGGAUCCGUUUGCUCAACCUCCUCCUACAAUGCAGUCAGAACCAGCAGUUGUCUUGACAAAAGCUCCAAAAUGGUUGAAGAGACCAUUUGGAGUUUCCUUUGGUUUUGGUGGUACAUUAACAAUAUUCGAGAAUCCGCCUGUAGAUCCCAAUAUGCCUGCAAACACGAAUAGAAAAGUUAUUAUAUCACAAGUAAUCACACAUCCAGAAUUAAUCCAACGUUCUAAUGAAUUGGAAGAGGUACUUAAAACUGAACAAUAUGGUGAUUACUGUAAAGAAAAGGCCGAAAAAUUGACUGAUGUACAUAGAAAAAAAAUAUGGAACUGCGUGGGUGCAUAUUUUGGUGAAAAUGUGACAAAAGAAAUAUUGGAAUUAUUGGGAUAUAAUAUAGAAACAAUGAAUAACAAGUUAAAUCAACUGGUUCCUCAAGAAGAUAUCAACGAUAUUACAGAAGGUGUCGGUAAUCUAAACAAUGUACUUAAUGGAAACGUUAUAGAUGGUAGUGCAGCAUUUGAUGCUAUUGCACAAGAACAAACCAAAAAGGCAACCACGGUUACAUCAACAAAUAAUAAUUUUAAAAUAAAUGUGUCUGAUGAUGAGGAUGGGCUUAUUACUCAGGCAAUCCUCUUAGGAAACAUUGAAGCUGCGGUGUCUUUGUGCUUUGCCCAUAAAAGGUACGCAGAUGCAGUCAUUCUUUCAAUGGCUGCUGGACCCGACUUACUAGCACGUACCCAGUACAGAUACUUUUCAGAACAUACUGGUGCUCUCAAUUCUUUAAUUAAUUCAUUAGUUAGUGAAAACUGGGCUGAUAUUGUCAAUAAUACUGACAUAAAUUGCUGGAAAGAAGUACUAAUUGCAAUAUUUACCCAUUCCAAUCCACAGGAGCGAUCUACUUUGUGCGAUAUGCUGGGAGAUCGUUUAGCAUCAUCCGAUAAUCCGACAUUGAAAGAAGAAUCACAAAUCUGUUAUAUUUGUUCUGGAAAUCUGAAUAGAAUGAUCGAGUCCUCCAACGUCGACAUUCAAGAGAUAGUAGAAUUAGUAAUGAUAAUGCAAAAAGCUUUGGAGAUACAAGGUAUCAGAGAUAUACGGAUAGAAGGAAGAAUUGCCAAUGUCCUGUCACAGUACGCAGAAAUGUUAGCGGCAGAAGGUGAUCUUGACGCUGCACUAAAUUAUCUUGGAAAUAGUCAAGAUGAAAGAAUUGUGAUGUUAAAGGACCGGCUCUGUAGAGCCUUAGGAUACAUUCAGGAAUCGAAGAGCAUGCCACAAGAACCACGUAUACAAAAUUACUACGAUCAAACAAGAAGGCCUUCACAAACAAGCCAUAUGCAAAAUCCCUUGCUUAUGCAACGAACACAAGGAAGACCCUUUGUUGAUUUAAAUGCCCCACUUGUAAAACAACCAUUUGUACCACCUACAAACCAAUUUAAUACCCAACACCAACAACCUUUCGGAUUAUCUCCCCUUCAACCACACAUUCAACCUCCUUUACAACACGAUCAUACAUUUAGUUCUGCCCCAGUUUCUCAACCUCCUCCUCCCCCGCCUCCCACAACUGGAUCAAGCGGCGUUGGAUCUCGACCGCCCAGCGUUGGGCCCCAAGCAAGAUCAAAAUAUCUGAUAGACCCAUCUGUAAAAUCUACUGCAACGUAUGGUCAAGCUGGUUUUCCUCAACAGACAUCGCCAUACAAUAAUCAACAAAUUCCUUCACUGUCAGGCUACUCCGCGCCAAACAUGUAUCAGCCGCAAGUUUCUGUGCCAACAAACACAUAUCCUGGACAGAGCUUUACAGCUGGUUUUAAAGAAUCAGAACCGUUCAAACCGGUUCAACCUAACACAAUGACGCAAAUGCAAACUUCGCCACAGACUCAAAUGUACGAUCCGAUUAGAACGCAACCGGCGCCACAGGCUCAAGUUUAUGGAAACGAGAAUGUGUAUCAGGCACCACCGCAACUUGCGGGAUGGAACGAUCCACCAGCUGCCAAAAGUAGAGUACAGUCAAAACCGGAGUACCAGCAACAAAAUCCCAUUAUGCAUCCACUAAGAGGUGCUUUACCGCAACCUGAACCAAAUGUCUUACCGCAAGAAAAGUUUUAUCCUGAUGUGCAAGCACCUUACAAUCCACAGCAAUAUAAUCAGAACGUUUCAAACAUGAGAGUAGAGUUCGCUAAAUCAGUGGAACCUUUGCAACCUGCUGCAGUUGCAAGAACACCAGAACCCGAAAAACCGAAAGCACCAAUACCAGAACAACACGUACAUUUAAAAACUGUAUAUGAUGAAUUGAAAAACCAAUGUUUCGAGAGCGCCAAAAAUCCGCAAGUCAAAAGGAAGAUAGAGGACGUGUCCAAGAAGCUAGAAGUUUUAUAUGAUUGUCUUAGAGAAAAUAAACUGUCACAAAACACUUUGCAAGGAUUGCAUCAGAUAUCACAGAUGAUACAAAAUGGAAAUUAUAGUGGAGGCUUAGACCUGCACACGCAAUUAGUCUCAGGUCCGGAUUUCAGUCAAAUAUCCUCCUUCAUGCCCGGUAUUAAAGUACUACUUCUAAGUGCCCUCCAAUUGAAUGUCUAUAUUAGAUAGAACGCAAUAUAGAGAACUUAAAACAAUUACUUUAAAUGAUUUUUAUAAUUUAAAAUUUUUAUAAUUCUUACUGAAUGAUAUAUUUAUGUUGCACUAACUUACUAUAACGUUCGCCGCAGUACGGAUAGCCAUAACUGUUUGAGUACGAACAUUGUUGCUUAAUUGUACCAUAACGAAAAUAGACUUUAUAUCCAAACGUGGCUUGUCGAAGUUCGAUAACCUCGUAUUAUUAAUCCUAUAAAUCUAAAGAAACGUGUAAAAAGUAGGAUGCCGUAUUGGAGUUGAGAGCAUCUAAAACGUUCCCAUAUGGAUUGUUAUCCAAACUCUUU